GUAGAGGCUCUCCGCCUUUGCUCUAUUGCGCUUGCGUAAGUAUGGCGGCGCCCAGUUCGGCGAUGGAGGCGGCUGCGCUGGGACCGGAGGAGCUGGUGUGCGCGCGGGGGCGGAACCGCAAAGCCGUGCUUUGCCAGCGCUGCGGCUCCCGCGUCCUUUUGCCCGGAGCUGCAACCUUCACCCGCAGAGAGCUUUUCCUUCCUGCUAUGAAGAAGAAGACGGCGUUGGUGGCAAACAGUGACCUAGAAGGAGAUGUCUUGCAGGACCACUGGCUAGUCGAGGACAUGUUUUCUUUUGAAAAUGUUGGUUUCACCAAGGAUGUUGGAAAUGUAAAGUUCCUGAUCUGUGCAGACUGUGAAAUUGGUCCUAUUGGCUGGCACUGCUUAGAUGAUAAAAAGAGUUUUUAUGUGGCCUUGGAUCGUGUUUCUCAUGAAUGAAAAGUUGAUAGGUGACCAAAAGUGGCUCCUGGUCACCUGGUUAGGCCACAUUCUAAUUAACUUACUUUCCAAGUUCAUGGUCUCAACAUGCAGGCUUGAAAAUGGCACAAGUGAAAUGCCCUUUCCUGAUGCAUCAAUGGAAGUAUUUGCUUGUAUUGCUUGUUCAGUUGCAACUCAUUUGAACCUGACCAAAUUUGUGCUGAUAUUUAAUAACUUGCAAUUAUGUGUAUAUACUUUGAAACACACCAUUCCAUGCAAAUUGGUGAUUCAACUUUCUUAGUGAAAAAGGAAAGAUACCCUGAAUUCUGUCCUUUGAAAAAUAAGUGUAUAAUACAACAAGGAAUAAGGUUUCUGAUUUCUUGGGAGAGAAGGGAACAUACAAUAUUGUGGUUUAUGGUCUUCUGCUCUAUUCUGGAUGAAAGGGUAAACAUUUCUGAUUUUGAUGUUUACAGACACGUAAUGUUUAUGGAUAUCUGUGAAUUUUCACUUCAUGAUCAUUGUCUGUUACUAAAAGCCAACCGUUAGUUGCAGGACAUCUUAAAUAUAAAAAUGGUCAUUCUUAAAUUGCAGGAAGUAAUCAUCAUGGAAAAUGCAAACUAUGAAUGUUUGCACUGAGUUGAAAUCAUGCAUUUUAAUGUAUGUAUUGUCUAUCAAUCUGUUGUCAGAGUUGGAAGUACCUACUCCUUUUGGCUGAUGAAAAAGGGCUCACUUUAAUAGGAUGUAAUCUUUUUCUGUAUAGAGGCUCCAUUAUUAAUCUUUUUUCUAAAGCUACUGUAACACAACUCACUACUGAUGGACCUUGUGAUGAUUCAUUAAUGAAUCAUCCAGCAGUCAUUUAGCCUAGUUAAGAAUGCUAUCUGAAUAUGGGUCUCUUAUUUUUCAUCUGUCUAGAAGAAAAUAGAGAACUAAGCCAUGAUUUGUUUUAUUCUCUGAUUUCUAUGGUAUACUAAACCCUUCACUUAGAUGUCAGAUUUAGACUGUUCUCCAAGGCUUGGGGAUAGGGUGGGUGUUGAACCAAUCAGUUGUCUUUUGUUAUAUUGUACUGUGUUUUUGGAAUAUGCAUACUUCUUUUUUGCUGUUUUAUGGUUCCUUUUUCUUUCAAUUGUAAGGCACCCAGGGUUCUUUGGACUUGGGCAGCCUCUAAAUUUCAAUAAAUAUAGGCUGUGUGAAAGAU